AGAGGGUGGCGUGAGGACAGGGAACUGCUGGAGAGGGGACAGCAAAGGGCCACCGAGAUGCUGAGGGGACUGGAACCCCUCUCUGAUGGAGAAAGGCUGAGGGAUUUGGGUCUCUUCAGUCUGGAAAAAAGACGGCUGAGGGGGGAUCUUAUCAACGCUGAUAAAUACUGAAAGGGGGGGUGUCAGGAGGAUGGGGCCAGGCUCUUCUCAGUGGUGCCCGGGGACAGGACAAGGGGUAACGGGCACAAACUUGCCCCUGGGAAGUUCCAUCUCAACAGGAGGAGGAACUUCUUUGCUGUGAGGGUGGCAGAGCCCUGGCACAGGCUGCCCAGAGAGGUGGGGGAGUCUCCAUCUCUGGAGACAUUCCAACCCCGCCUGGCCGCGUUCCUGUGCCACCUGCUCUGGGUGACCCUGCUCUGGCCGGGGGUUGGAGGGCAUGAUCUCCAGAGGGCCCUUCCAGCCCCGGCCAGGCUGGGCUUCUGUGGUUCUGUGUUGGUCCCCAUCCCUUACGCGAUGCCCGUGGGGAUCACGGUGGUGCCGAAUAUUGCCGGGCUGGGCGCAGAGAAGGAGCUGAAGUCGGACCGUGAGGGUCCUGCUGCUGCUGCUGCGAGCCGGGGCUGGGCUCUAACCCUGCCCUGACCCUUGUUUAUUAUUUCCGAGGGGUUUUAUCCUGCAACACGCCAAGCCCCGGGCUGGGCCAGCUGGCUUUCCCGCUCCUGGCCUGCCUCUGCGUGGCCUCGGCUUGUCUUUUAAGCGUGGCUGGGUGCGCAGGGGCUCUGGGUGGAAGGCAGGAGCUGCGUAGGAGGAGAGGGCUGUCCCCACACCGGCCCUCGGACCCAUGGGUCCGUCAAAGCCCUCAUUUCCCCGGGGUGGAGGGUGACUGGUUGCAGCACUCGUGCUUGGAAAAUGACUGGCUCCGCGUCCAGGCCUUGAGUCACCGGUUCACGCCGUCGUUGUGGGCUGUUGUUUUCCGUUCGCAAAGCACGAGCGGUGACCUGCUGUUUAUUUAUAACUCGGGGAGCGUCGCUUCUUGGAAGACCAAAGAGCCGAGCUCUGGGACGGGGUCUCUGCCUCUCCUGGCACAAGGCUUGAUCCGAGCGAGUCGUUCCCAAAGAAUUUGGCUGUUUUGCAGCAGUUUGGUAAAUAAACAGCUCUGCUCUGGCACCGGCGACUCUCUUCCUCGGUGACAUGUGAAGGCAGCGCCCGGCGCGGGGAGCGGCAGCAGCUGAGAUGCAUUCGAGCCACACCGAUGACCCCAAGGAAGCCAUACAGCUGAUCAAGAAGCAGCUGGUGAACGCCAUCAAGGCGUUGCAGAAGCAGUACGUGACCUCGGACGCCGUCGUCACCAGCGACGAUGGGAACGCCAACACCCUCUGCAGCGCCCUGGAAGCCGUCUUCGUGCACGGGCUGAAGGCGAAGCACAUCAAGGCAGAGAGCGGGGGGAAAGGGAAGAAAGCAGGGGGUCGGGGACCGCUUCCCCAGCCGGUCUUCUGGGGUCUGCUGAAGAGCAUCACCCACCGAAAUAUCGUCUCGGAACUGGAACAACUUAUCUUUAUCAAUACUGACGUCGGCCGCUGCCGAGCCUGGUUACGGCUGGCUUUGAACGAUGGCCUCGUGGAAUGUUACUUGCAGCUGCUCCUGCGGGAGAGAUCCCGGCUGCCCGAAUACUACCAGGCCACCGCUCUGCUCCUAGACACCGAAGAGUGCGAGUUUCUCCUUAGCUACUUGCAAGGCUUAACAUCCUUAACCUUCGAGCUUUCCUAUAAAUCGGCGGUUUUGAACGAGUGGACUAUCACGCCUCUGUCCCUGUCGGGUCUGUGUCCCGUUUCGGAGCUGCUGGAACCCCUCCCGUCCUCGACAUCCGAACCCCGCAGAAAAGCCUCGCUGGGUUCGAUCUCUCAAUCGUCGGGGUCGGACGAGAUCGAGAUCCAACCCUCCGUCCUACCCAUCGGCAAAGCCGGCAGCAAAACCAAGCUCACGUCGUCCUCGUUGAGCCUUAACACCACGAGCUCGUCCCAGCUCUCCUCCAGCCUGGGCUCCGACAGCAUCCUCCCCAGCGCCCGCAGUCCCGAGCGGAGCGAGGAGCCGCUCUCCUGCGACUCCGACCUGGGCACGGCCACCGCCGAGGACCUGGACAGGUCGCUGCAAGAGGUGUUGUCCGAGUUCAGCAAAGCCAAGCCAAGCCUGGAAGCCCCGGAGCCGGGGCUGGUCCCCAGCGUGCUGGGCUGCUCCCCACGGCCGCCCGCCUGCGCCCCGGCCCCCGGCCCCCCGGCACCGUCCAGCACAGCUCACCCCCCACCGCCUCCCGACACUGACGGGCCACGCUCCGCUGGGACGGGCCACGCCGUGACCGCCGGUGAUGGGGAUGGAGAUGCAGCACCGCAAGCCGGUGUCGCAGCCGGCGUUCCGGCCACGCGGCGUGGUGGUCCGAGCGGAGGAGAGACAGGCAGAAGCGGCACUGUCAGCAGCAGCGAGACAAGCCAGGCCGUCCGCAGCCCCACGGCCGACUACCUCCUUUCUCCGCUGCUGGGUUGCCCGAAAAGAAAGAGCUGGAUCUCGGAAGAUGAUUUCUACAGACCUUCUCCGGGAGACAGCGGUGAAAGCACGGCCGACACCAACGGCUUUGGGCCGGAGGGGGCUGGCGAGGCUCCGGCCCCGGGGCUCAUUAGUGCUCUUGAUUUGGAAAGGCUGUCGGUGCCCUCCUCGGAGAGCGGGAAGCCCAAAAUGUCGCCUGAACGGGAACAAAAGGGUUUCAGCGUUGUGCACCGCAGGCAGAUGGGUCUUUCCAACCCUUUCCGAGGGCUGCUGAAGCUGGGCAGCCUGGAGCGGAGAGGAGCCAUGGGGAUAUGGAAGGAGUUUUCCUGCGAGCUGUCGCCGCUGGAGCUCCGGCUUUUCCUGGACCACGAGGACCGCAUCUGCGUCGAGAGCUAUUCCCUGCUGCGGUGCGAGUCGCUGGCGCUGACGCACUCGGACGGCCGUUUCGAGCUGGUUUUCCUGGGGAAAAAACUCUACCUCCGAGCUCCUUCUCGAGACGAGGCCGAGGACUGGUUGGACAGGAUCCGCGAGGCGCUGCAGAAGUGCCGGCCUCAGCUGGAGGAGGAGGAGUGGGAGACGCUGGAGUAUCCAGAAGACGGUGGCGAAGGCCAGGCCGGCCAGAGAGACUCCUCUGCUCUUCUCCAGUACAGCAACGUGCCUGGGAACAGCUUUGACUGGACUCCGGCUCACGAACCGGAGCUGGAUGCCAUAAAAGAGGCUGUUCUGUAUGUGGACGUAGACAAAACUUGGGUCCCUUUUAUUUUUUCCCUGUCUCUAGAAACUUUAAAGUGCUUUAAAGUCAGAAACAAUGAUAAAAUUUUAAGCAACAGUUAUGGUAUAGAGACCAUCCAGGACAUCCUUCCGGACACGAGCCUUGGGGGACCCGCGUUCUUCAAGGUGAUCACCUCCAAAGCUGUCCUGAAGCUGCAGGCUGAGAACGCGGAAGAAGCGGCCUCGUGGAGGGAGCUGGUCCGUGGGGUGCUCAUGUCCUACCUGGAGAGCGCCGAGGAGGCGCUGACGCUGGGUGGCAGCUUGGACGGACACUCCCAAGUCGUCUUGAAGAACAUCGUGAAGGAGAACGGCUUCUUGUUGCAAUACCUGGUGGCCAUCCCCAUGGAGAAGGGCCUGGACUCGCAGAGCUUCAUCUGUGCAGGCUGCUCCAGGCAGAUCGGCUUCUCCUUCGCGAAGCCCAAGCUCUGCGCCUUCUCCGGUCUCUACUACUGCGACAGCUGCCACCGGGACGAGGAGACGGUCAUUCCCUCGCGCCUCAUCCACAACUGGGAUCUGACGAAACGAGGGGUUUGCCGCCAGGCUUUGAAGUUCCUCAACCAGAUCCGUAACCAACCCCUGAUCGACCUGAAGUUGGUCAACGAGAGCCUCUACGACCACGUGGAGAGGAUGGGACGGAUCCGCCGGAGCAGGGAACAGCUGAAGCUACUGGGAGAUUAUCUCAUCAUGUGCCGCAGCGGGGCCCUGAAGGAGCUGAGCAAGCGGCUCGACCACAGGCACUACCUCCUGGAGUGUCCCCACAAGUACAGCAUCGCUGAUCUGAGGCAGAUAGCCGACGGCGUCUUUGAGACCUUCCUGCAGUCGCUGCUCCAGUUUGCUUCCCAUCACGUCUACAACUGCGACCUCUGCACCCAGCGCGGCUUCAUCUGCCAGAUCUGCAACAGCAACGACAUCAUUUUUCCCUUCGAGUUUGACACUACCACCAGGUGCAGCAAAUGCAAAACCGUCUUCCACCGGGACUGCCAGGCCCGUGCCAAGUCGUGCCCGCGCUGCGAGCGCCGGCAGAGGUACCGGCGAAAGCUGGAGGGGGAGGCCAGCGCGGAGGCCAGCCUUUAGCGCCCCGGGGGACCGACGGUGACGCUGCCCUCGGCUCCUCGACCAGCCGCGCUAGUGCCAAAGGGAAGGGGCCGAAAAAAGACACCCCCCACCCCGGCCCAGGAGCCCAUCCUGGGCCGUGCGGGUGCUCCUGCCCCACGGAGGGACCCUCUGCCCGGCCAGGGCUGAGCAAGGGUGGGGGGGGUGGGCUGGAGACGUGCGUGUCGUCCCCCCCAACACUAACCCGGUGCUGCUGGGGGAUGCUCCCAGUCGCCCUCCUGCUGCCAAACUGGUCCAUCCCCUCCCGGUGGAAGCCCGGCCGGCGCCUUUCCAAGGUGUAAAAUCAGGAUUUCCAAUCAAGGGCGUGGAUAACUGACGUUGAUUAAAACUUUAGUUUUUUAGGAUGUUCGAUACUGAAAAACCGGUAUUUUUUUACGUGGGGGUUUUGCACAAGCUGGCCUGCGCCGGGGGAGGUGACGGCAGCCGGGCGGGGAAGGGAGCGAAGUGACACUUGUGCCUUUAGGGACCGCGGGCACCGGCCGAGCGUCUCCCGUUGGGAAGCCCCCCCCGUCCCCGGGGUCCCCAGGGAGAGAAGAGCCGGGCUGCUCCCCCCCUCUCCCCGCCCGCCGCCUGCUGCUUUUAAUCCUCGGAAGAAAUUUUAUUUUUCCUGUCACCCCUUCCCCAUGCAAAGAUAAUUAAAGUCUAUUUAA